CUGAAACGUCAUCCACAAUAUUUUUACCCCAUCACUGCUGUUGUUAUUUUGGAAACCAUCGCAACGGAGCCAGUGUCGUGGUCCCAAUCGUUUACUCAAAUAUUGUGGAGGAAAAUCUCCCUUGGCCCUUUGCAUGCAGAAUGAGUGUCACUUCAGCAUUCGAGAAUGCCAGCAGGUGAGAGUGAAGCCCGAGCUAAGACCAGGGCCAGAUUUGACGAGGUCUUCAAGAGAUACACUGACCCGGCUACAUCGGAGAAGAAAAAAGUGAAGAAGAAGAGCCCAGAUCAGCCAGAGCAGGAGAGUAUUGUGCUCCAAACUUUGAGACAAAACCUUGACAUUGUGAAAGACACAGAGGACGAUGAGACUGUUCAUCAGAACACCUACCACGCUGACCAGGGCAGCCCUCGUUUCACCAAGAACAAGCGUAGGGAGAGGGAGGUAACAGAGAAGGUCAACAACAACAACAAUGGGAACCAGGAUGAGGAGGAGCAACCAACCAAAGGGAAGAGGAAAAGUAAACGGGAGCUGCCUCCAGCCCCAGUGCAGCAGGAGGACAGUUAUAUCAUUCAAAUCGACCAGACUGAUAGUACUGCUGAAAAUGCCAAAACACCCAAAUCCAAGGCCUCCUUAGAGUCGGAAGGCCCUGCGAAUAUACAGAGGAGAAAGAGUAAGAAAGGGAACCGCAAAGGAGGAGAGGAGGUGUCCGGGGUCCAGAGUGAGGUUGCGGUGGAAGCUGAGGAUGAGUUACUUCAUGAGUACCAGAAGCAGAUGGCACAGGAAGAGGAGAUGGCUACUGUGAAGAAGACUGUACACAAGAAGUCAAGAACAGACAAGACCAACGCUGCCGCUCAGGAAGUAGUAGCAUUAAACAAUGAAGGUGCAAAGAAGAAGAAGAAGAAGCUGAGGUCGUCAUUGGAUCUGGAGAGGGAGACGAGUAUGAUUGAAGAUCUGCAGAACAGCCUGUCUGACGACGUCACUGAAAGGAAGAGGUCCAAAGAGAAGAGUCAAGAAAGCCACCAAGAGGAGGACGAGGAGGACAGACUAGAAUCUUUCAAAUCAAAAGGCAAAAAGAAGAAAAAAAUAAAACAAUUGGUGAAGGAGGAGAGUGAUACAGAGAUUGUUGAAACUCCUCGGAGACCAGUCUUUGAUGACAACCUGGUCCUGGGAGUCUACAUCCACAGGACAGACCGCCUGAAGACUGACCUGCUGGUCUCACACCCCAUGGUCAAGAUCCACGUUAUUGACGAGAUGACUGGGCAAUACGUGAAAAAAGAGGACAGUCACCGCCCGGUCUCGUCAUUCUACGAGCAGGAGAGUGUGGAGCAUAUCCUUCCCAUCAUCACCCAGCCUUUUGACUUCAAGAAGAACAAGUCAACAGUUCCGGAGUGGGAUGAGCAGAUCAUCUUCAACGAGCGCUUUGGAUAUUUCCUCCAGGAUAACCACGAAGGCCCUAGAGUUAUGCUCUUUUUUGAGGUCCUGGAUUUUAUGACCAUGGAGGAAGCCAGAGCCAACGUUGAUGUCGACAGACAUGAACGAGGGUUUCGAAAAAUCGCCUGGGCAUUUCUAAAGCUUGUGGGCACUAACGGAGUGCUGAACAUCGACAGUAAAUUGCGUUUGCAGCUCUUCUGUCCCCCUCCCCGGGGCAAGAGACAAGAAAAUACUAUUGAGGUAGUGGACUGGUGGAGGAGAUAUCCCCGUAGCAGAUACACAUCCACCCUCUACAUCACUGUGAAAGGCCUCAAACUCCCUGAUCAUGUGGACCCUAGUAUCCGCUCCAUGAUGGCCUUGCAGCAGGAGAGAGGUUCCACUUCCUUUAGCGAGCUGCAGAGUGAGAUCACCAGGAGAACCAUAACACAACCUCUAGGCAACAAACCUGAGCUCCAUUGGAGCAGAAUGCCUGGCCAGGUGUGCCGGAUCCCUAAUAAGCCCAUGCUGUCGUUCCGCGGUGGUCAGAUGGGCUGUUUCACGAUACGAUUCUCCCACGACGGGAGGAAGCUGGCUGCUGCGUGUGCUGACAGAGAUGCCUUCCCCAUCAUAGUGUAUGAGAUUCCUUCAGGCAAGGUGUUGGCUGCCUUCAACGGCCACCUCAGUAUCGUGUAUGAUCUCUGCUGGUCCAGAGACGACCGGAGCCUCCUGUCUUCUUCCUCUGAUGGCACCGUCAGAGUGUGGAACGUGCAGAGGCUCCAGGCCAUCGCCCAGAAGGUGCUCCCCCACCCGUCGUUUGUCUACUGUGCUCAGUACCACCCUACGGCCCAGGGCAUGGUGGUGACUGCUGGGUACGACUGUCUGGUGAGGGUCUGGAGGGUGAACGUCAAAGAUGUCAACGGACUGCUGCUCCAGGAGUUCGAGGGUCACAAGAGCUUCAUCAACGCUCUGUGUUUCGACUCCGAAGGAAACCGAAUGUUCUCUGCGGACAACGUUGGGUUCAUCAUUGUGUGGAGGACGUCGGUUGAUGACAGUCUGCAUCAGAGACCGUGUCGUCACUGGAAGAUUGAGAAGGAGAUAGGAGAGAGUGACCUGAGUGGGCUUCCCAUCAACACGUUAGAGGUCCAUCCUAAUGGUCGCCGUCUACUGAUCCACGCCAAAGACAGCGUUGUCAGGGUGAUGGAUCUCAGAGUAUUGGCUGUGAAGAAAUACACAGGUGCCACUAACUACAGGGAGAGGAUCCACAGCACGUUCACACCCUGUGGGAGCUUCAUCUUCUCAGGCAGCGAGGAUGGAAUGGCCUACGUGUGGAACGCAGAAACAGGUGACCAGGUGGCGGUGUACUCGGAGCUGUGUUACCCCACAGCCCUCCGUGGUGUGGCCUUCCACCCUCAUGAGAACAUGGUGGCCUUCUGUGCCUUCGGUCAGAGCCAGCCUGUGCACGUCUACUUGUACGACCGCAGAGCGGCCCAGCUGGAGGUGGAGAGUCUGAAGGGCCACAGCAGGUCUGGAUCAGCCGACACUAAGAUGUUCAGGAACACAUCCGACCCAGUAACAUUCCAGGACACCUCCGGAGCAGCCAUGGACUGCUUCGCCAGAGCAGCCAGACUGUCUAUGAAGAUGCAGAGUGUCAAAGAUAAACUGGACUCUGUUCUAGAACCAUCUCGGAGCUCCUCUGCUGUGGAACACCUGUAUGAGCAAGAUAAAGCGGGCAUAUAUCAGAUGGGGAGGAGCCUAUCUCAGGAAGCUGGCCCAAUGAGCUUGAACUCGUCCCUGCCUCCUCCAUCCCUCCUGUCACCACACUCCAAACUGCAGCUGUCUAGUUCCAUCGGAGCUCAGUUCAUCCCCCAGAACCGUGGUUUCAGCCCAGUGGGCCAGCAUCUAGGAAGAGCUCCAUCUCUCAGGCUACAGACAAGCUUCCCUGAUCAUCUGUCUACAGCCAUUAGAGUGGACGCAGAUUCCUUGGUACCAGUUCAGCAAACGGUUGUCUCUUUGUAUGACUACAGUGCUACCCGGUCAGAUGAGUUAACGGUACAGCGUGGUGAUGUCAUCCAUGUGCUCUACAAAGACAACGACAACUGGUGGUUUGGACGCCUGGCUAACGGACAGCAGGGAUACUUCCCAGCUACCUAUGUUGCGGAAGAGCGGGAUUACAACGAGGAGCUGUCUCAGGCCCUAAAGGCACAGUCUGCCAUGUCUGAACAGACGGACCUAUCAGUCCCCCCUUUUGAACGGACUGACCAAUCAGAUGAGAGGGUGACGCCUACCAAGGUGUCAGCUGCCGUUGUCUCUGGGGAACUCAAGUUCAUCUCUGAGCUGGACACAGACCCUGAGCAGCCUGCUGCCACCAAAGUGAAGAAGAAGAAAAAGAAGUUAGUGAAGAAGUUAGAAGCUCCGUCAUCACCACCACCGGCCACAUCCUCCGACCCCGAUGCCCCAGGAACGUCGACUACCAAGAGGAGGGCCAAUGCUGCAGGCAGCAGACCACUGCCCCCCAGCCCCAGGAGAGGACAGUCUAACAGAGCCUUGGAGCCUGAUGCCUAGACCCAUGGACCUAUGGUUAAGAGUACACUAAGAGCUGUUUUUUAACACUAAAUUCCCCUUUGAACAGAAGAUAACAAAUAUGUUUAUAAUGAAACCAUCCUGUGAAGCAUACACACAUUGUUUUUUGUGUGGGGGGGUUCAAAUCUUUUUUAAAUGAUGUCUGAAUAACAAUUGUUUAAAAAAAAAUAUUUCAGAACAUCUGUAUUUUAAAAAGUUUACUAUUAUGUCCUAUAAUGUAUCAGUCCUGGAGAGAUUUUGUAUGUUUGGCUGUUUUUAUCCUAUUUAUUGGAGUAAUGCAUUCAUUGACUUCUGUAACCUAUUUGUUAUGAGCUAUAAGAAAGACAUAUACUUAUUAAUACUACAGUUUUAUUUUUAUAGCUUAAAGGGAUGAGGAAAGUCGUGAUCACCAAAGUGUCACCAAUACGUUUCAAAAUAGUUGCCAAGUGAAUUGUUUGUAUAUUUAUUUCUGUAAUUACAGUUCUUAAUCACUGCGGACAUAUUUAAAGAUAUGACUAUGUUAAAUAUAACAACUUUGAAAUGUGUUAUGAGUGAGGAAAAUGUAAAUAUCUGUUUUGUUAGAAAAGUAUGGUACAUAUAGCUAAAUACAUAUAAAAAAUAAUGAUCUCUUUGAAUGUGAUACAAGACUAUCUCAAACACAGAUAGUAGACAAAAUCUGUUCUCUUUUAUUAUGAAUUCCCUAUUUUAUUUGACCAGACAAAUGUAAUUUGGAACACUUCAGUCAGUGAGGAAAAAGGUUCCUCGAUUUCGCCUAAUGCCAUUAUUGUAAAUAGGAGUUUAAGAGAGCAGAAGCACACAUUGGAAUAACACCAAAGGCAUGUAACUACAAGACUGUAACAAAGGUCUAAGAUUACAUUAGUUACAUAUUUUCAAAUAGUUUGGUGUACUUGAAUGAACGACAGUUAUGAUCACUUGACAAGUGGAUACAGUCAUUUUGGUCAAUGGGCAAUCUACAUAACCACGAAGGAGGUCAAUAGCUAGGCACAUUGUGUUCUGACCCCACUGUUCAGACAUAAUUCAAGUCAUGUGGUGUUGGAAAUGAGAGGCAUUUACAUAGUACUGCAUUUCAAUGGGUACAUAUUUACAUUGCCAACUGAUAAAUGCCCAUUGAUUGUCAUUAAGUAAACAUUAUUUUAUGAAACUUGAAUGAACCUAUUCCUAAGUACAUGGUGUUUUGAAAUAACUUGCUAGAAGCUCAUUCAAAAAGUUCCAAAGCUUUACCACAGCUUGUUGAGGUUCUUGACAGUUCAAGUAAGUAUACACAGGUCUUAUUUUGAUAUUGGCAUAAUGCAAACUGCUUUUGAUUGCUAGUGCUACUCUAUGACAACAAAUGAGAAGUCUUAACUGUAGCAUCAUCCUCUUAGUUUUACAUUUUAAUACAAGUUACAGUCCACGUUUAGCACCUCUGUAGUGUAUAUAGAUAUAUAUUGUUCACUGUCUGGCUGCUUAUAUACAGUGCCUUCAGAAAGUAUUCAGAUGCUUGAAUUUUUCCACAUUUCUUUACAUCACAGCCUUAUGCUAAAAUUGAUUAAAUAACAAUACCCUAUAAUGACAAAGCGAAAACAGGUUUUUAGAGAUUUUUGCUAAAUCUGGCACCAUCCCUACGGUGAAGCAAGGUGGUGGCGGCAUCAUGCCGUGGGGAUGUUUUUCAACAGCAGGGACUGGGAGACUAGUCAGAAUCGAGGGAAAGAUGAACGGAGCAAAGUACAGAGAGAUCCUUGAUGAAAACCUGCUCCAGAGUGCUCAGGACCUCAGACUUGGGCAACGGUUCACUUUCCAACAGGACAACGACCCUAAGCACACAGUCAAGACAACGCAGGAGUGGUUUUGGGACAAGUCUCUGAAUGUCCUUGAGUGGCCCAGUCAGAACAUCUCUGGAGAAACCUGAAAAUAGCUGUGAAGCAACACUCCACAUUCAACCUGACAAAGCUUGAGAGGAAUGGGAGAAACUCUCCAAAACAGGUGUGCCAAGCUUGUAGCGUCAUACACAAGAAGACUCAAGGCUGUAAUUGCUGCCAAAGGUGCUUCUACAAAGUACUGAGUAAAGGGUCUGAAUACUUAUGUAAAUAUGAUAUCUGUUGUUUUUUGUUGCAAAAAAUGGCUAAAACCCUGUUUUUGCUUUGUCAUUAUGGGGUAUUGUGUGUAGAUUGAUGAGGAUUUUUUUUUAUUUAAUACAUUUUACAAUAAGCCUAGAAAGUAACAAAAUGUGGAAAAAGUAAAGGGGUCUGAAUACUUUCCGAAUGCACUGUACAUUAUCACCAAAGAUUUUUUAUAACUAACCCAAGAUAGACCACAGCCUGUCGUUUCCAAUGUAAGCAAAUGAAUCAUAGUGGGCAGAACAAACGAGGUGGGCAUAGCCAAGCAAAAGCUAGCGAGAGCCUAUUGGUGCGUUCUAGCAUGUAUUUGCAUAUUUCUGUUAGGGAACGUCUACUCUGUGAAAUUCGCCCUUGCACUCCUAAAUAAUGCAUUUUUAAAAAACUUUGGCAAAGGGUAAAGUACAAAACUUAGUUCACUCUGUUCGUAACAGUUUUGGAAAACUAUUGAGAUCAAAUGUUUCAUCAAAGAGAAAAUUUGCAGAAUGUCAGCCAAAAUCCAUCUCGCUCCAUCUACUCCCGCUGCCGGCCACUGGGCUGCCUCUCACCACCAUGUUUGGUAGUGAGUGGAAACGCCAACCGGUUUCUUCACAUUUAUACAUUUGGUGAAAUAUCUUUCUCAUUGUUCUGUGUUAUCACAAUCUCUAGCAAUACAAUACACGCCCACCACAAUCUCUAGCAAUACGUACACAUAAUAUAAUAAGAAGUGGUGUUUAUUGUUUGGUACACAUCUCUCACUGUACGUGUUCCUGGCAGAUGAUCGUUGUUCAGGACAGGAGACGGGUACAUUCAUCUGAAGGUAUUUUCCUCUUGAUCUGAGGAGCCCUUUAGAUCCAAACAAAUAAAAGCAAAUUCGGGGACAAAUUAACAUUUCUCCGAACCGGUUACUCUUUUCGAAUGACUUUCUCAAACAAUUUCUUUUCUAUUUUUUUAAUGUUAAUAAACCAAAUAUAUGAUGGAAUCAUUA